AUGAUAAUGAAUACCCUUCUAUCGGCAAUCGUCGUUGCGAUGAUUCUGUUGUUGGCAGCGCCCUUUGGAUCUUCUGCCUUUGCUCCAGAGAGAACCAUCCAUGGCAUUGGUCUGAAUUGGGACGAGCAUUGGAAUUUGCGGUAUGGACGCCUCAAGGCCGAGUUUGCCUUUACCGGCAAAAAGACGAUUGCCUAUGACGAGAACCCCAAGCUGUGGUUGUGGUUGCACAUCCAACAGGAAAACUUGAGGCGAGGCGUCAUGCGUUACGAUCGACGCCAAAAGUUGGCUGAAUUGGGUUUUACCACGGAAGAUUCUCCCACUGGUACUUCUAGUGCACAAGCAGAUCAGGCAAUGAAAGAGCAGUUCUUCCCUCCCACACCUCCGCCUGUUAGUCUCCAAAGCAAGAAGGAUUUCUUCACUUUGGAGAAGCAACUCCCUCCCAAGCCCCCUGCGGUUGUUCCUCCCAAUCCACUUGGUCCAUAG